AUGCCGUCCUUACGCCUAAGACUGGAACGCGCGUACCAGGUGCUCGCUCUAGGCAUUGUUCUCAUGGGCCCCCAUGUUGUUGCUGGGCCUUGCGAUAUCUAUUCCUCUGGUGGCACGCCAUGUGUUGCGGCGCACAGUUCUACUCGCGCCUUAUAUAGCGCCUACACUGGCCCACUCUACCAAGUGAAACGCAGCUCUGAUAGUACCACGACCACCAUCGCGCCACUAUCAGCUGGUGGGGUUGCCAAUGCUGCUACCCAAGAUUCCUUCUGUGCUGACACAACCUGCCUUAUUACCGUCAUUUACGAUCAGUCUGGUCAUGGUAAUCAUCUCACCCAGGCUCCACCCGGCGGCUUCAGCGGUCCAGCUUCCAAUGGCUAUGAUAAUCUGGCUGACGCGACUGCCGCACCGGUUAAGCUGAAUGGCCAUAAGGCAUAUGGCGUAUAUAUUGCACCUGGCACUGGCUACCGCAAUAACGCUGCCAAAGGCACAGCUACAGGCGAUGCAGCAGAGGGAAUAUAUGCAGUUCUCGACGGGACCCAUUAUAAUGGUGACUGCUGCUUUGAUUAUGGCAACGCUGAGACUAGCAGUACCGAUACAGGCGCCGGCCAUAUGGAGGCUAUCUAUUUUGGGGACUGUACCGUUUGGGGCACUGGCUCCGGCAGCGGCCCUUGGAUUAUGGCUGAUCUUGAAAACGGGUUGUUCUCUGGCUACAGCGCAGCCAAAAAUCCUGCCGACCUAUCCAUCUCUGACCGGUUUAUCACUGCAAUUGUCAAGGGGGAACCAAACGAGUGGUCGAUCCGUGGCGGCAACGCUGCUUCCGGCUCGCUGUCGACAUACUACAGCGGCGUGCGCCCAUCCGGCUACAAUCCGAUGAAGAAAGAGGGCGCCAUCAUUCUUGGCAUCGGCGGCGACAACAGCCACGGUGCGCAGGGCACCUUCUAUGAGGGCGUGAUGACCUCUGGCUAUCCGUCCGACGCUACUGAGAACUCAGUGCAGGCCAACAUCGUAGCCGCCAAAUAUGCCACGGUGUAG